GGCACGAAAACAAUGGCCUUAAGAGCGUGUAACAUUCGUAGUCGCAUUCAUUUCUUCAGGUUUUAGCCAGUUGUUGAGUCGACACAGCAAGCCCAUUUUAACAAGAUACACGUUCAGUUUGUCCUUUUUAAAGGAAAAAUGAUUGGCCAAUACUUUCAAGAUGUACCACGCAUAAUUUUCAAUCCGGACGCUAAAGUCGAUGACACGCUCUGCUUUAAAUUUUACAACGCGACAGAAGUUAUCCUGGGACGUUCUAUGGAAGAGUGGCUACGAUUCUCCGUUUGCUUCUGGCAUUCUUUCCGAGGAACCGGAGCUGAUCCGUUUGGUCUAGCCACAAUAAAGCGAAGUUGGGAUGACGGAACUGAAACCAUGGAGAACUACAAACGCCGGCUUGAAGCAGGCUUCGAAUUUUUCACAAAACUAGGUGUCAAGUAUUGGACAUUCCACGAUCGCGAUAUAUCACCAGAGGCCGCGACUUUGGAGGAGACGAAUCAUAACCUUGACGACAUGACUGAUUUAGCCUUGGAUUUACAACGCCAGACUGGAAUUCAAUUGUUGUGGAACACGUGCAACCUCUUUGCUCAUCCGCGUUAUGCUAAUGGAGCAGCUACCAACCCUGAUGCACACGUUGUUGCCUAUGCCGCAGCCCAGGUCAAGAAAGGCUUGGAGAUAGGCCGCAAGUUGGGAGCCAAGAAUUUUGUCUUUUGGGGUGGCCGCGAAGGUUACAACUCCCUUCUUAAUACGGAUUUGGAUAUUGAAAUGUCUAAUAUGGCCAAUUUUCUACGUAUGGCACUGGUUUAUAAGAAAAAGAUUGAGUUUGAAGGACAGUUGCUUAUCGAACCUAAACCCAAGGAACCAACACGUCAUCAGUACGAUUACGACGCUCAGACAGUUACAUCAUUUCUGCGCCAGUUCAAUCUGCAGGACGAUUUCAAGCUGAACAUCGAACCCAAUCACACAACUCUUGCUGGGCAUGGAUAUGAGCAUGACAUUGCCAUGGCUUCCACUUUAGAGAUGUUGGGAUCAAUCGACGCCAACACAGGAUCGCCGGAUCUUGGUUGGGACACGGAUCAAUUCCCAAUGGAUAUCCGAGCUUGUACGUCAGUGAUGCUCCAAGUUAUCCGACAGGAUGGUAUACAGCCCGGUGGAUUAAAUUUCGAUGCCAAAGUGCGACGGGAGUCGACAAAUGCCAAGGAUUUAUUCAUAGCACACAUCGGCGCCAUGGAUUCGUUUGCACGUGGACUCCGUAAUGCUGCCAAGAUUGUUGAAGACGGUAUCAUGUCCAAACACUUAAAGGCACGUUAUAUCUCUUUUGAAUCUGGCCUUGGCCUGAAAAUAGCUACAGGACAGUCGGAUUUGCAGGAAUGCGAGGAGUAUAUACACCAACACGGAGAACCGGAAGUGAUCUCAGGACAACAGGAGCACUGUGAGGCAAUCUUCAAUCGUUAUUUGUAAAGCUUUAAUAACUUCAACCCCGGCUGUUUUCGCAUCGGGGGUUAAAGGGUUAUUUGAAUAUUAGACGAUUGGCGUUAAGUAACGUAGUUUGGUUCAGUGAAUGUAAUUAGGUAAUGGAACAUGGUUACUUGACAAUUUUUUUUUAACUUCCAUCGUUUGGUAGCCUGUGUUUACACAGUAUGUUUAAUCAGUAACUUGCUGCAUAGAAUUUCUUGGAUAUUGUUUCAGUGGUUUAAUUUACACAGUUGCAUUUUAA